AUGACUAGUAGUAGUAGUAUAUUAUCUUUAUCAAAUCUAAUUUUAUUACAUAUCAUAACAGAUAUUGAAGAUAAUGUAGAUAUAAUAUGUUUAUUGUUAACUUGUAAAAAGUUGUAUCAUUAUAAUAGUUUAAAGAAAUUGAUUCAGUUUAAAGGUAUAGGAACACCUAUUGAUUUGAUCGAUGGGUACUUGUCAACAAGGUUAGAAACAACCUUUAAUCAAUUCAAACUAUUAUCAUUUAAAGAUAUAUUAGUGAAUAGUAUAUCUGAUCAGUGUGUCAUAGUGCCUUGGAGUGGUACUUUUGAUUACUUUUCCCAAUGGUUACAACAACGCAUUUCUGCAGAGAACAUACCCGAUAAGAGCCGCAUUACAACCAUUUUGGUGCAUAAUUAUCAAAAAUCAUCACUCAAGCCUAUCGCUGACAUGCCAUCAUCAAUCGAGACACUAUUCAUUCGCCACCCGUACGACCCCGAUCAGGAAGUGGUUGAUCUAGGCUCCAUCUCUUUCUUGUCCAAUCUUCAACGACUUGAAGUUUGGGCAGACAUAGUGACCACAUACGCUGUUGGCGAGUUGGGGUUGUACAAAUUCGUAUCAUUGACAGAGUUGGCGUUCAAGAACCAUUGGGUGUCUGGAGUCGGUCCAGGUCUAUUACCAAGCAGUUUGACAUCACUCUCUCUGAGAACAAAAGAGGUACCUCCACCAAAUACAUUCCUUUCAUUGACUUCACUCUUCAACCUAGAGAUAUUUGUUAGUAGGACACUGGCCGAGAGGAAUGGGCAAUAUCCAUUGGUUAUCAAUCUGGAAAGCUUAUGCACCCUCAAGAAACUCAAGAUUGAACAUGGUGCAAUGACAGACAGCCAGUACAAAGUCGAGGUGACUGUCCCUCCUUCAAUCGAGAUACUUACGCUCUUUUCUGAUUACGUACAAAUUCCACAUCGAUGUACUAUGCCACUGUUGGAGAGAUUGUAUGUUCGGUAUGUUUCACUGGUUGAAGGAGAUAUCAGUCUACUUUUAUGUCCAUCGAUAAAGAAACUGGCUAUUUUACGUUCAUUUGAGACCAUUCCAAAAUGGUUGGCCAGCACCAUCCCAUCGACUCUCGAAAAGCUUGCUAUAAUCGAAUGUAAGCUAGGAAAAGAUAUACUUGGAGAACAAUUUGUAUUCCCACCAUCACUCACUCAUCUAUCCAUGGAUGGAGACUACGAACCAGUACAACUACCUCCAUCACUCGUCAAACUAGAGCAGACAUUCAACAAAGAUGCAGCUGCGUCAUUUGACAAACUAAGACAUUUGAAAAAACUAGUUUGGUUAGAGAAAGAUUCAAAUCCAGUGCCUCCAUACUCCUACCCACCCAAUCUUGAAACAAUCAACCUAUAUUUGUCUAAAUCCUUCGCAAUAGACGAUAUACCGCCAACCAUCAAAUAUCUGUUCAUGAUUUUGGUACCCGAUGAAAAGCCAGUCAAACUAUUCAAAAGAUUUACAAUUUUUUCAAUCAGUUUUAUAAUCCCAAAAAACAUUCAACAACAACAACUAUGGUUACCACAAAAUACAACACAUCUAACUUUACAAAUAUGUAAUCAACCACAAGUAGCAUUUAGAUUAGAUGAAAUAAUUAAUCACACCAAUGUUAGAUAUUUAACUCUUCAAAUGAAGGCUUUCCAAAUAUCAAAUGUUUUGAAAUUUACAAUUCAAAGAUUGGACCCUGAUAAUAAGAAUGUAUUGGUAUUGGAAACACAGUCACUUUUAGGUGGAAUAAUUACUCAACAAAGAAAAUCAAUCAACACUCAACAACAAUAUGAUCCAAUUUAUUUGUAUUUCCACUCUUCCAUGCCUUUUCUAUUUCAUUUGAAUACAACUACAGAGUAA